AUGACCAGUAGAAGAGAAAUGUGUUCGGGCCUCUUUCAGCCACUGACUGGACAGGAGAAGGCUUCUAGACUGGAAGAGAAGUUUGGUUACUAUCUGGAUUCAGAUGAUGAGACUGAAGCAAGUGAUAUCUCAAACCAGGCUAAAAUAUCCAAGUUACGAAAGGAGGUGGAUAUAUCUUCAAAGUGGCUUAAUUCACAAACAGGUUCAUCGUCCUUGCUUCGAGGAAAUAACAGAAUGCAGCAGAAGCGAAAGAGUCAUGAGGAGCGACCCAGUCUGACCAUGGCACCAACAUCCGACAAAGUUGGCUUCAGACUAUCAGCUGAUGAUGUGCAGCCAUCAGUAAUAGUUCCUGCAACAAUAAACCAGUACCUACGAGAUUAUCAGAGGGAGGGCAUUCGUUUUCUUUACCAGCAUUAUAUAGCCAAGACAGGAGCUAUUUUAGGAGAUGACAUGGGACUGGGCAAGACUAUACAGGUGAUUGGUUUCUUGGCAGCACUGCUGGGCAAGCAGGGCACUCAGACAGAUACUCUACACAACAUUCCAAAAUUUAUUCGCCAGAUGUCCGAUGACAUUCCAAGUAGCCCACCAAAGCAAGCACACAAGCCUUUCCUUAUAAUCGGGCCCAGUGCUGUGAUGUAUAACUGGCUGGAUGAACUCAAGACAUGGGGAUAUUUCAGUGCAAGUAAAUUUCAUGGAGCAGACAAGGAGACCUGCCUUAAUAACCUCAAGAAAGGGAAGUUGGAAGUUGUUGUGACAACAUUUGAAACGUUCAGGGAUAACACUACAGUACUGAAUCAAGUAGAGUGGGAGGCAGUCAUUGUUGAUGAAGUUCACAAAAUAAAGGGAUUGAAAGCCCAGAUCACCCAUGCCUUGAAAACUGUUAAAGCGCCAUGUCGAUUUGGUCUAACUGGUACAGUCUUACAGAACAACAUGAGUGAAUUAUGGAGUCUUUUUGAUUGGGUUCAGCCUGGUAUUCUGGGCACCCUUGAACAGUUUGAGACAGAUUUUGUUCAGACUAUAGAGAACGGGCAGAGACAUGAUGCAACCAAAAGGGAGCUUGCACAGGCUCGUAAACGAAAAGAUGCAUUUUCUGACAUCCGAAAAAGAUUGAUGUUGCGAAGAACGAAAGCUUUAAUUGCUGAUCAGCUGCCUUCUAAAGAGGACAUGGUGGUGAUGUGCAGGCUGUCAGAGAUGCAGAGAAGCGUGUACAAGGCUGUUCUCUCACACCCGGACAUGAAGCUGGUGCUGUGUGCUAAGGAUCCUUGUGACUGUCGGAGUGGGAAAUUCAGAGCUUCGUGCUGUUAUAAGCUUUUAGACAUCAUUGAGCAGUAUGUAAUAGGCCAAGGUCAUGUAUAUCGACGAAUUGAUGGGAAAACCAGCAGCCACCACCGCCAUGACAUCGUUAAACAGUUCAACAGUGACAGCAGUAUCUUUCUGUGUCUUAUAUCUACAAAGGCAGGUGGUCUAGGUUUGAACCUUACUGGAGCGAACAGGGUUGUGAUCUUUGACCCCAACUGGAAUCCUAGCCAUGACCUACAAGCUCAAGACAGGGCUUAUCGUAUUGGACAAACUCGUGAUGUGAAGGUGUACAGACUAGUGUCUGCUGGUACCAUAGAGGAGAAUGUUUAUCUGAGGCAGAUUUACAAACAGCAACUUGACCAAGUAGUCAUUGGCACCACCAAUGCUCGCAGGUAUUUCCACGGCAUUCAGGGAGAUAAAGGGAACUGUGGGGAGCUGUUUGGGAUCAAGAAUAUGUUCUCUCUUAGGACAGGAAGCUCUUGCCUUACCAUGGAUAUAUUAAAGAGAAAUGACAAAAUUGAGAGAGGCCUGGCUGGUUAUGAUAUAACUCAUUAUGUACCCCCACAUCCGUCUCUGACAACAGAUGUGAUACAAGAUGAUGAUGAGAACAGUGAACGAGACGACAGACAACUGCUUGAUUCUAGUUCUGAUGAGGAAGAUGAGGAGUUUCUUAGAAACCUUUUUGGUUCAGAGAGGAGUCAUGAUGAGGAUAUAGACCAACAAGCUGUGACUAAGAACCAUUCUGAGGCCGCCUUGAAUGACAGUCACAAAUUUCCAAAUACCUUGGAGGAAGCAGUCAGGGAGAGUGAUAGUGAUGAUGAUCAAUUCUCACUGAUACCAAACCUACGCAAGAGGCCAGUUUCUCAGCUUCGCAGCACUGAAAAACCUGUACCAUCUUUACUGGCACCUGGCCUCUCAUCUUUGUCGAGUGAGAAAACUAGACUUCUGAGCCCUGAUACAGUUGCCUUCACAGGAAUUACAUUUUCUUCUAGAACAUACAGAAAUUCAGAUGUCUGUGACCAGCGUUUUGAGGCCGCAGAGACAGUUCAUCGAGGAGCAGUGUCUGGCUUAUCGUGGUUAUUUGAUGAUAGUGAUGAUGAAAAAAAUAUUAACAAGCGAGUUGAAAGAAAAGCUGCAGAAACAAAUAAAAUGCUUGUUGACUUUAAGAAGAAUAAAUUAAAGGAUGGCACGUCUGCUACAUCAGGUCCGGAAGAAACUCUAUUUUCACACUGUGCUGCUAGAAGUAACGUAAACCCUGGCAGGAACAUUUCUACUGAAAGAUUAAAAGCUGGCACAGGCAGGGCAACAUCAGCAGCAGAAGCGAAAGCUAGCACUUCAAAAGGAAAUAUUUCAUUAGAACAGCUUGUUCUGAAAAGUAAUGAUGUCAUUCACACCCACGCAAAUGCCAAGGUGGUUGGCUCUAGCAGGGCAGAGGACCACAUGACCAACUGUGCCAUGCAAGAUGUCUUUGAACUGCACACAAAUUCUCAGGCUCCGGCUCUACAGUGUGAUCCUUAUAGCCAGGAAAAAUUACCAGAGCAGCAGAAAAAGGGCAGACGCAGACAAAAGCCAGACAGUACUGUUAUAAAAUGCAACAUUUCUGGUUCCUUCCUGUUAGUUGGACAAACUCCA